UUUGUUAAUGUUAUGAGAAAAGUGUACCGGCCAUUGGGGUUCAGCAAAGGAUAUAACUUCCCACUUUUCGUCAUAUUUGCUGGAGCUAUAUUUGGCUUUGUGCUUGCCCGAAUAUCAUACCUGAAUGUAACUGGUACUUCUGCGCGCAGUUUCAGGAAGAGUGCUGCUCCAGGAGAGUGGUACUUCUUCCACCAAGGCCAUUACCGAGUUGGAAUCAUCCUCCACUUGGCUGGAUGUCUUCCCGCUGGUUUCUUGGCAGUUUGGCAAUUCGUGCCUGUGAUCAGACACAAGGCCCUUCUUUUCCACCGUAUCAACGGAUACGUCGUGAUCCUCUUGUCCUUGAUCGCUAAUGCUGGAGCUCUCAUGAUUGCCCGCCGUGCAUUUGGAGGUGGUCUCGAUGUCCAAUCGGUUGUUGGAGUCUUGGCAAUACUUACCACGACUUCUUUGGCUCUUGCAUACUACAACAUCAAGAGACUCCAGAUCGAUCAGCAUCGAGCGUGGAUGCUACGAGCUUGGUUCUAUUUCGGAACCAUCAUCACCACUCGUCUCUUCAUGCUUGCGUCGGCAGCCAUCAUAACUCGGAGUGGUAAUUACUACCAAGUCCAGACCUGCGGCGAGGUGGCAUUUAACUUUGGCGGAGCUUGGACCAACCCCCGGACUCUCCCACCGCCAACGUUGAAGAUGUAUCCCCAGUGUGUCAAUGGUACAAACGAUACUCCGAUCGUGGUCAACGCAAACAUGAACGGGUUACCAGAGCAGAUCGGAGCAGGCCUUGGACUUAGCUUCGGCAUGGCUUUAUGGCUCGCCUUGAUCGUGCAUGCUCUUGGUGUUGAGUGGUAUCUGUGGCUUACACCAGCUGAAUCAGCUCGACUGAGAAAUGUCAGCUAUGAGAGGCAACUCGAGGCCGGCUUUAGGAAUCCAGGAAACGCCGGACUGACGGUGGAUCGAUGGGGUGAUGCACCUGCUUUUCAGCCGACGAAAACGGUAUCUUUAAAACCAAUGGAGGAGAAGUGACGCAAAGGGGAAGAUGAUUCUAAUACGAAAUAUGGGAGGGUUAGCAAUGGAGAGAGGCAUUGAUAGGCGUUCCGUGGAGUAUGGCGUGGCUCUAGGAUAUUUUUCUCGUGCUUCGGAGAUUGAAGCUCUCGUUGAAGGGCGGUCUGAUAGUGUGAAAUAGUGUGAAAUAGUCAAAAUAGU